UCAGGCAUCACUCGCUCUUCAGUGUUUCGCCGAAGUCCGAAGCAACGAACCAAGAGUACACCAUGUACAAGAUCGUCGCUCUCUUCGCUCUGCUGGCUUGCGCCACGGCCGCACCGGCACCCGGCUACCUGGCGGCGCCCGCCCUCCACGCGGCGCCGAUCGUCGCGGCGGCGCCCGCGGUCGCGGUCGCCCACACCGUCCCGGUUGCCACCAGCUACGCCAACACCUACAAGGUGUCUGUGAAGAGCCCGCUCGUGGCCGCCCCGGUCGCCUAUACCGCACCGAUUCUGAAGACCGCGCCUGUUGUCGCCGCUGCACCGGUCGUCGCUGCCCACCCCGUCGUCGCCCAUGCCGCACCGCUCACCUAUGCUGCCCAUGCUCCCAUCGUCGCUCUUGUGGUUAUUUCCGUUCUGGCGAGCAUCGCCGCGGUGCAAUGUGGAACCAUUCUCACGCCCGUCAUCGGCAAGCUCGUUUCUGAGAAGGUCGUCGAGGCGCACGGCAACAGCGUGGUGCACCCAUCGCCGUCGCUGGUGGCCGCGGCUUCACCGGCGUUGCUGAGAUACGCGGACGUCGCGUUGGUGCAACAACCGGUCGCCGAGAUCGUGCAGCCGGUGGCGAAGGCCUCCCUGGUCGCCGAGAAGACGAUCGAGGCCCACGGACACCAAGUGAUCCACGACGCGCGUCCGUUGGUCGCGGUCGCGAAACCUUUGGCAGCCGUCGAAUCGCAUGUCGCGCUACCUGCCUUUGCCACUCGCGAAAUAGCCUACGCGCCACCGUACUAUUCACCAUAUUACUCGGCGUAUCCUCAACAGCUGCUCGCCGAGAAGACCGUGUCCAGUUACGGGCAUAGCAUUCAACACCCAUUCCCGUCCCUGAGACCAGGGAGGAAUGCGGUGGUACGGCAGUUAGGAACUUUUGUAGUGCCGGACGAGUCUACUUUUUACGGUAUCCCUCGAGACUUCUAUAAGUACGAGCAGACCAAGCUGGCGCGCGCACUUAUACGAAGUAUCGUUCCCGUGUACAUCCGCGCAGAAUCCUCGCCUGAAGUCGUCAUGCUGCGAUUCAUCCUGCUCGCUGCUCUCGCCGGUCUGGCGUGGUCCGCGCCAGCGCCGGCACCCAAACCACUCACCCUCGUCUCCGAGCUGAAAACCCCGGCGUCAACCGCCAAGCUCACGCCGCUGGUGGCGCCGAUCGCGCCGAUCGCAACCCCGGUGAUCGCGCCGGUUUCUCGUCUCGCCUACGCCGCACCAGUUCUUCCGCAGAUAUCGCCGUACGCUUAUUAUUCUGCGCCGAUCGCGGAGAUCCCGUCGAGUUACUCGAUCGAGCAACAUGGGUACCAUAUUACCUACUGACCGCAAAAAUCAUCGGACCGGUAGCCGUCGACCUCAGUAAAGCCCAUGUGGAAGUAUGCGUAGCAGCUCGCAGCUUGUCUCCUCAUCGAUAAUCAUCAUCGAUAAUCAUCUAUCGUGUAACCUCAUUCACGCAAAAAAAAGAGAACUUGAUGAAA